AUGGAAAAACACGCUAACCCUGCUCAAUUCCCCCCGGUGCAAAGCCUGUCUCCACGCAUCCCGAGCAGGAGCCCCCAAUCCAACGAGGCCGACCAAAUCGAGCAAUAUCUCCACGAGGACGGCCAUCGUGCCUGGGGAUUCGUCAUCUACCGAUGUACCUACGAGAGCGACACAGCCUGGGAGGAAUUUAUACGCCCCGUGACCGUAUUCGAGGACUCGAGUUUUGACGGGGCCACUGCGGCGGUGGCCAGGGACCAUUUUAAGCGGUGGACGGCGACUGCAGCGCAGCAGGAACAAGGCACCGGCCCGGGAUUUUCGAAACGAUACUUGUGCUGUAUCCAGGUUACGCAGGAUGUGUUAGACUCAGUUCUCGUUGAUGACGAUGGGUUUGUGCGCCUGGUUCGGGGGGAUUGGAAGGAGUAUGAUCCGUACGAGGAGGGGGAGAGGGUAGAGGAGGAACACGAGGCGCUUGAAGGGUGCACUCUGGAGAAUGUGGGAUGGAUGCAGGUCCCAUUCAAUGGUGUGAUGGUUGUUCCAUGGUAUUACUUGCGUGGUUAUGGUUGGGACAGAGAGUAUCGUCGUCCGCCCACGGUUGCUUGUUUCUAG